AUGUGUCCCGACUUCUUUGAGCUCUGGCAAGUCUCCCCUCAGUAUGGCGCAACCCAGACAGCUACCACCGACAACUUCCGCACAACGCAACACAUUGCUUCCACAAUGCCCGCCUCGCAAGGUAACCACACGGGCUCCUCCGGCCCCAAGGCCGUCCCCCAUGGCGCCUGGGACUUCUUUCCCUCGGAACCCUUCCCGCUGUACGAUAGCACAAAGUCGGUUAUCUACCUCUCGGAGUAUGGCAAGACUAUUAUCGGUAUGCUGCGGGAGAAGCGCAAGGAUACACUUGUCUGUCCCGUCGACGAGUUCCUGUUCGUCACCCAGUUGAGUUUAUAUGGGGCUGUGGGGGUGUCUUAUGGCUACCCUUAG